AAAAUUGAAAAAAAUAUUUUAUUAUCUCAUGUGACUGACUUUUGUAUAUUUACUUAAACAUGAACAUUUGUGAUCCUACAAAUAGAGACUAUGCCUUUCAAAAUAAAACUACAUAUUUGAAUGACUACAAACGUUAUAUUGUUAAGUCGGAGGAACCGUCAACUCAAAAAUUAUACCAAGAAAUAAAGCAGAAACCGUCUAAACCUAGGAAGCAUAUAGAUAAUGAAUCUUUGUGCGAGUAUAAAAAGAAUGCAUAUGUACCUUUCACCAUUUAUCAUUCCCCAAAACCCAUAAUUAACAAACCAUACAAAGUUAUAGAUUUACUAGAAUAUCCUCUAGAAUCAAAGAACUAUGAGGUGAUUAAGUCAAGACCUAGAUUCUUCAUAUCACCCGGUAUACCAAUCGACGACAUAGAGGACAUCGAGAAAAGAAACAUAAUUAUGAAAUAUAUGUAUACAACUGAAUGGGAAUCAAGAGCUCAAACCGCCGCCUUGCCGAAAACCAAACGUGAUCGCAUCACUCCUGAAAGCCUGGAGAAGUCACUCAACGCCACAGUUGAAUUAAAAACAGAAAUAUACACCCCCUUGGCCGAACCGUUCCUGAGACGAGGCCAAGAAUGGGACGAUGCCCAGACUAGAAAUACAGUGGAUCCAACCAGAACGUUUUGGAUUAAUAAAGAUCCGCCAGUUAAAUGUGGAGCCUGUGUGAAUCCCCUGGAAAAUAUAGUGCCACAGGAGACGAAAAACGAAAUACGGGACCUAAUUAAAGAAGACAAGUUAAGGGGAGAACACGAUGUUAGAUGCUCUAGCUAUGCUGGUUACAUACCCAAUUACAGUGACCCUGUCCCAUUGGCUAAAACAGACUUUCCUAUAUCUUGGCCAUAUUUAUCCAUAUCUCAGAUUCUUGAUAUCAGAAAGAAGGAUAAAACUGGUCAUAAAGUCGAGUACAAAUGAAUGUUUUAAAUAAAAUGUACUGUAUAUUAUACAAAUACAGAUUUACACUAUUA